AUGCCCCCGACCAAAUCCAACAAAGAACAGAGUCUGGGAUUCUCGGUGGAGACAUUUCUUCAAUCAUCCCCCCCCCCGAUUGAAAUCUCUCCCUCCCUUGAUCUGGCCAGCUCUCCGCCUAGGCGCAGUGACCACGAGGUGGAGGAUCUUUGCGUCACUUAUCAAGCCGGCACUAAAAUACCAAUCACGGUAUUGUAUCAUUACUUGAACAUAUACCACGAGCAGCUUUACGUUAUAUGGCCUGUCGUCAACAAGGACGUCGUCUUGGCUCGACUACACAACACCGAUGAUCAAGUCAUCUACACUCUUGCAGCAUCGGUUUGCGCCGCCACACUGGCACAGCUCAACAUUGUUAAUGAAACGGACAGCAUGCUGCAUCACUUGAUGGCUCGCGAAGCCGAAAAUAUCCGAGCCAUGGUUGACUACUCGCGGCACCACUUCAUCGAUGCCCUUCUGACAUCCUUCUUCCUACAUGUCUUCUACACUAACACCGGGAAGCUCACUAAAUCGACACUUUUGCUUCGAGAAGCUAUCGCCUACGCGCACAUCUUGGGUCUGCAUCAAGAUGCAUUCUACACUGACUUGGAUCCGGAUGCGGCCCAGGCCCACUCCCUACAGCAUGACAUUCCCCCAACAUUCAAACUCAGCCCGGCACUUCCUGAAAUACAAUCCAGUCUAAAUUUCGGGCUUGGGCCGGCUUUCUACACUUUAUGCAAACUCUUCCAGUGCUUUGAUAAUGCCUGUCCCGCAGAGCUGAGGCCGGGACAACACAGCUCCUUGCAAGCCAUCAGCACCGAAUUAUGCCGCACCCAUCCGCUGCCUGUCUGCAAGAAUGAGGUUCAGCGGGCCGACAUAGUAGUUACUGAGUCGUGGCUCCGCGUCGUCCUGUGGAAAUCCGCAAUCCCAUACAUCGAUGCCACGACAGAUCCAGUUGACCAAGGACUAAGCGUUUCAUUCCCCAUGUCUGUGGGGCGGGAUCUUCUAUCCAAUUUGACAACAUUGUCAUCAUUCGCCCUUGAGGCCCAUGGCCCCGGAAUGAUGUCCAAGCUGUUUGAAGUUGCGAAUACUGUCGCGGAUGUGAUGAUAUGUGCUCCAGAUUUAACACAUGUUGGAAAUAUGCAUGUUGGCUCCAGGGAUAUCUUGUGGGCACUGAGUAGCGUACUCGAAUCGCUAAGAGCGACAGGUAACCCUGCGCUACUCACUGUUCUCAGAGAGAAAGUUGCAGCUUGCGCGCUAGAUCAAAUCGGUUCUCCUCGAAUGCUGAGGAUAACGGAUGUGUCUGAUGAGGCCACACCGGAUCAAGAAGAUGGAAUGUACUGGGAUGGGUUGUAA